AUGGAGACGGACAGCUACACCCCGACCCCGGUCCCUAGCGACUGGGCUGGGAUGGUGGUGAGUGUCGGGGCCCUGGAGGUGGUCUCAGUGGGGAGUGUCUCCUCCAGCACAGCCUGGUACAUGCCCUACUCCCUGGGCUUCCAGGUGUCCCUGACUGCCUUCCUUAUGCUGGAGCUGGUGCUGGGCUUCAGCAGCAACAUAACGGUGCUGGUGCUCUACUGCUCUCAGUCCAACCUGGUCGACUCGGUCAGCAACAUGGUCACGGUCAACCUGCAUGUGCUGGAUGUGGUGUUGUGUGUGCUGUGUCUGCCUCUGACCCUGGUGGUGGUGCUGCUACCCCCAGGGCCAAACCUGGCCCUGCUCUGCUGCUUCCACGAGGCCUGUGUCACCUUUGCCUCCAUCUCUACUGCCAUUAACGUGCUGGUCAUCAGUGUGGACCGCUACGACAUAUCCGUCCGACCCGCCAACCGGUUGCUCACCCCGCGGAGGGCAGGGCUGUUGCUGACUGCUGUCUGGGCCACGUCUCUGGCCGUCUUCUUCAUCCCUUUCCUGGAGGUGGAGUUUCUCACCGGAGGGUCGGAGAAUGGGAAGCACAUCCCCACCUCAUCCUCCUCCGCCGCCACCACCUUGGCGCCAGUGUGGCGUAACCGGACGCUGCUGUGUGUGGGCGGCCAGGGCUACCACACAGGCUUGGCCAUGUACUACCACCUCCUGCUGCAGGUGCCCAUCUUCUUUACCACGGUGGCAGUCAUGCUGUUCACAUACUCACGGAUCCUGCGGGCCUUAAACAUUCGCAUCGGCUCCCAUAUUAAGAACAGCCAGCGCUUCAGGCGCCCACCCUGUAGGGGGCGCCGUAAGAGACAGAAGCAGAAGGCAGGGCUGGGAGUGAUAGAGGGAGGAGAGCAGUGUACAGACACAAGCAAAGGGCCCUGCCACUGCUGCCCCGGUCCCACUGUCCAGGCGUCUGUGUCGGCCAUCAUCGCACUGCGGCGGGCCGUGAGGCGUCACCGGGACCGGCGGGAGCGCCAGCGGCGCGUCUUCAGGAUGUCCCUCCUCAUCAUCUCAACCUUCCUGGGCUGCUGGGCUCCUCUGUCUAUGGCCAAUGUGCUGAUCCUGGGCCUGGGCCCCAGCGACACCCUGGUCAGCAUGCGCCUGUGGUUCCUGGCCCUGGCCUACGGCACCACCGUCUCCCACCCACUGCUCUAUGCCUUCACGAGGCAGAAGCUGCGGCGUGCCCUCAGGGCCAAGGUAAAGAAGCGGGUGGUGUCCCUGCUGCAGUUGGACCCCUCGCCAGGAGGGACAGUCAUACACAACUCCUGGGUGAAGCCAAGGAAGGGAUGUCAGUUACGGCUGGAGGGCAGCGACGCCACUGACCGUUGCCUGGCAGAGCCCCUGUGA